GUUAACGCCGAGACGCUUCGCCGUCGUUGUCGCAUGAUUCCUCGAGCUCUACUACUUACUCCGCGCGCUUGUUGCUUAUUUGUUUUUAAUACUCUCUUAAAACGUUGUGGUGUUUCAGUGCGCCGUCUUUUAUUCUUUGUGACUGACAUUUAUUGAAGGAGAUGUUUUUUCACAGUUGAGUUGGAUUACAUACAGUGGAUAAAUAGAGGAUUAUUAAGCAUAGACGUUAUUGUAACAAUAUGACGUAGCAGAAACACACGGAAGGAAGUAUCAGCAGGAGCGACUUUGGGAAGCAAUUUCAUCCCGGAGAUGUGAGGAGGGGAGCUGCUGGCCGUGCUGUCGUUAUUUGCUCGAAGGGACCGCGGCGAGAAAGGGAGAAAAAAUAUAUAUUCGCUGAGCGAACUAAAGAAAGAGAGAGAGAGAGAGCGUGAAGUCGCAGAUAAGAAUGACGAAUUAACGGUCGGCCGCGAAUGGAUGUCGCGCUGUAAAACGGUCAGCCACGUCAGAGGGCGGAGGAGGUGGAGCAGUAACGGCUAAAGGAGAACGGCGAUCGGACAUUGUUCUCCAGCUGCGCCAACCACCGACGCUCGCGGAAAAGCGGAUGUCCACGCCGUAUAAGCACUCCAGCAGACGUGGAUGGCUCGCGCCACGCCAGAGCUUGGCUGCUGAAAAUCGAGAUUGCUGCUUUUACAACGGGCUCUCAUCGACGCGUCAAGGCGUGACGUUCGAGGAUGGCGGACCACGAGCGUAUCAGAUUGGUGGUGCUCGGAGGCGCGAGCGUGGGCAAGAGUGCCAUUAUUCGGCGGCUUCUCGGCCAAGGAUUCAGCGACAGAUAUCGGGCUACAGUCGAGGAUCUCUACUCCAGAGAAUGUAUUCUCGGCACACUCACUAUCAAGGUUGAUCUGCUCGAUACGGCCGGUGACCAGCAAUUCCCGGCGAUGCGUCGACUGAGUAUAGCGACGGCCCACGCCUUUCUACUGGUUUACUCGACCUGCUCGCUGGCGAGCUUCGAGUGCGUCAAGCGAUGCUUCGAAGAGGUCAGAGAGCAGAGGGCUGACUUUCAGGAGGUGCCGAUAGUGAUAGCCGGCAACAAGCUUGAUCUGUCGUUAGCUCAUCGCGAGGUGCCGAUCGAAGACGUGAGCGAAUGGCUGUAUUGCGAAUUGCCAAAACUCCGAGCCAAAGUGAUCGAGUGCUCGGCCAAAGAUGAUUACAAUAUCAAGGAGGUCUUUCGAUGCUUCGUCACGCUGUCGAGAAUUGUGCCGAAAAAUCCGACUGGCGAGACCGACGAGUCGGGGCUGAGGAGACGAUGCUCCGCUUACGGCUCGCGAAGGUACACACUUGUUGAUUUUUUUACAAGGCCAGGCAGUCCAAGUCAUUCGGGUAGCCCGGGCAGUCCGAAACAAGUUUUGGCAGCACAAGGCUCGAGCGUGGUGGCCGUCGCGGAAGAGGUAAAAAGUAAGCCGCGCAGCAGAAGUCUAAUCAGGCGAGCUUCGCGCAAGACCAAACAACAGAUACGCGACGCCCACGCCGAGGACUGCAACAUCUCGUAAAGACUUUGUCUGAUUACGCACUUGGCUACUUUCUUUACUUUUUUACGGCCAAAUUACCCGUUCGUUUUAUUUUUGACCAAGAGAGGCAAUUGCUACUUGUAAUAUAUAUGCGGUUAUUCGGAAAUCGCUUCCACUUAAUGAUGCCCAAUACAACUGUAAAAGUGUGAUAUUGAACGUAUACAUCAAACCACUUUCACGGGUUUUUGUGCACCCUGGCAAUAUAGUCGGUCUUCAACUAUCCGAUCUAUAUAUUAUAGAGUUAUUAUUACGUUUGAAAAAGCUCGAUGCGACAAAAAUAAUGCAUCUGUCUAGUGUUAGAGAAUAUAUAAGCAGCGCGCCAACUCAUUAAUGUGCAUAUACGAUACUUGACAUCAUCACUCAGUCCGUCGCGACUCCAAUUUAUAUGCAAAAAUCCCAGACAAAUGGGACGGACAAUAUUUUUAUAGUCAUGGGCAUAUUUCACAUUUUACAGGGUCUUCAGCCAUAUAUAGUCUCGCACGCCGUUUACGUCGAAAAAGCUUAUAUAACCUUCCGAUUUUCUUUUUUUUUUCCCCGGUCGCGCGAGAAAAAUAAUGCGACGCAAAGAAUCUCGCAAGGAAACGCAACGGUUAACAAUGUAACGAAAACAGGAUAAUUAACGGAUAGUUGGGGAGGAAAAAAAGCCACAAAAGAAAGCACGCACUCGCAGAAUUGGAGGUGCGGGGCAACGGAAAUGAAGAGCGAUCGCGAAAAUUGAAGAGGAAAAGGCCGCGUUCCGUUCAUUUUUCACCUCGCGGGCUUGUCUUUUUCUUCCUCUCUCCUCGGCACGGCCUCCAUUCGUCGAUCUCCCUUUUUCUUUUUCGAAUUUCGCCCCUGCCAUCUCGCCCUCCGCUAGCCCAGCGAUUACCAAGUUGCCAAUGUUAAUUUGCAGUUACUGCAAAACACACUUCGCGCAGGCUUUCAGUUGCCAAUUUUAACUUUUGCUAACAUCAAGUUGAUCUUCAUUAGCGAAAAUGAAAUAAUACAAAGACUAUGGGAUUUAAUGUUAUUCGAAUGUCACGGUUCUCAUUGUUGACUGUUAGCUCGUGUAGUUAAAAAUUCCGUGCGCUCCGUUCGUACGGAAAAUUAGUCCUAAUUUCAAAGUGUUAGGAACUACAUUACGUUUGCAAAUGUUCGUCGAAUAUCAUGAAAGACAAACGAAAGCCCAAUAAUUCAGUACGCGUUGAACGCUAAAUGUUUGUGAAAUCGAUGAUAUCUCUUGAUUUCAAAUUAAUUAGAUGAGGAUAUGCAAGACAAAUUAUUUCACGUAUUGAUCUCAAUUGGUUGGCUCUGUAUUGGUAGCAUGGCGACGGAAGCCUUAAAAUACCAUUGCUAAUGAGAUCCAAACAGGAUGCUGGGAUAGCGAUAGAGCGGAGCUAAUUAAUGAUAUAUCUCAAUUUGCUAGAGCGACGAUCAUCACCCAACGAGCGUAUUCGGCCAUUAUCAAGACAAGAUGUCAUUUCGAGCGUCGGCAGGGCUCUCGCGAUCGUAUAAACUCAUUGCGCACAGCUCGUAUGAGCUUAGCGCGAAAAGACCGUCCCCGCACUCUCGGCGUUCCGUCGGAUAUCGUUUUAUCGACCGACCUUGACUUGCCGGUUCCAACUUGUGUUUGCCAACGGAAUCCGCCGAAGCGGCGUUAUUACGCUACACGCCAGUGCAUGGUGCAACCUCGCUUUGCUCCGGCAUUCAAUUUCGUCAACGGCUUUCUUUUGCCAAUGGCGAUUAUCGCGGCUGUGACGCUAACCGGAUGAUAUGCUAAUUAUGGGAAAGCAACAUAAAACAUUUUUAAUGUUCUUGAAACAUUUUGAUCAAUAACAAAGUAAGUCCGCGGAGAAAGUUGAUUAAGCAUAAAACUAUCGGAUGAAGCACUAUAAAUAUGCAUGAAUAUCUUACAUAGCAGCUCGAAUGCUAUAAAUAGUGUUUUCUCAUUAACGGUAAACUGUCUGAGCAUCCCACAUUUAUAAAUGGGUUCUCGUUAUACUUUGCGCGUCACUGCGGCAGCACCAACGUACCCCGCAUCAAUAUUGACUAUUUGCGUACACUUUAGUCGUACAAAUAUGACUAACGCUGUUGGUAACAAACUUUAAAAACUUUUAAAACAUUCUAUAGGGAUAGAAAUCGUGGCACGCAAGUUAAACGGAUAAUCUUAUUCACUGCUAUAUUCACGUAUAUGAGUACAAGAGCCGUCCCACAUCUUUACAAGUACAUAAAAUAUCAUUGUUGAAAUGUAAACAAUGACGGUCUUAGACGUGUAAUAGAUGUUAAUUUAUUUGAUAAAAAAUUAUUGUAUAUUACGUAGAAGUCAUAAUGAUGGUGAAACCUUUGACGACGAUACCGACUAUUUCAACCAGUGUGCACACAAAUCGCAUUGAAACCUAUAUAAAUUUGUAGCUGUUGAAAAUAUUUUAAAGUUUAUUGUACGUGUAUGUAUGAAGAGAAUAUUCCGUAAAAAUUAUAUAUCCACUAGAGUGAAAGCUGGAGUGGAGCGUAUGGAAAGUGUUAGUUGUUUUGUAAUGCAGCAGCGUAGAGCUGAUAUGUCAGUCAAAUGCACAUCGAUUUGAAAGUGUAGAAUUUCUAGAUAUAUUAGGUGUAUAACGACAACUUCUUACAAUUAUAUUGAAUGAAAAGUUCAAUGUUCAGUUGGUUGUCGAUUCGUAAAUGCAUAAUUAUCAUCGAUCAAACAAUAAUAUCCUCAUUUUUCUAGAAAGUAAACAGAAAAAUAGGCGAAAAAAUAUUUUGUUGUAUCUAUAUAAUUUUCGUUGAAAAAAUUAAACUGAUAUAUCGUAUGAAUAAAUUAAUUUUCUCGAUUUUUAAGUAUCGAGUACGUAUCAAAUGUAUACCACAAACCAAAAAUAUGAUUAUUAGAUAACAAUAUACACACAUGCGAUGAAAACUAUAAAAAAAAUUGUUUUUUUGAAGUCUAAAAUUGGAAACAUUUAAUUUCUUCGCUACAGUUUCUGGCCUUUUCUCUCUCUCUCUCUCUCUCUCUCUCUCUCUCUCUCUCUCUCUCCCUCUUUAUUUAAGUUAUACAGUGACGGAAAUGCUCCCAAACAUUAGAAAAGUCUCUAAGAACAAUUUUAUUCAACAUCGUUAAAUCACUGGCCAUCCGCUGAAAAUCAUUAAAACUAAAGUCAAGUAUUUUAGAAAUCUCAAAAUAGCUAAGUUUCCGGAUACGCAUGUAUAGCACAUGCGAAAAUACUUGACUUCAAUUAAAGAUAUCUCGAUGAGAAAAAAAGAUAUCUCAAACAUUAAAAAUUAAUUUUGAAAAAUAACGAUAAACCUUUCAAAUGGUUCGUCCCGUUUUUAGAAAAAAAAAUUUUUUGGUAAUGCUACGUGACCUCAAAUAUAGCAAAAAUGACUAUUUUCGCCUCUUUAAGUUAGGAUAUCUAAAAAACCUAACGUGAUGGACAAAAUCUAACUUUGAAUUCGAAUUUUACGCAAAAAAUUUUUUCGGAAAUGAUCUUUAACUGGCCAAGAACAAAAUCAUGAAGAUCUGUGUUUUUUUUUUAUAAAGUAUCAAAUUUAAUCUCUUAAUUUUUUUAUCCACAUUUCUUCUAAAACAUACUAAAAAUAGAUAUCAGCUCUAGGUUGUGAAUAAAAGUAAGUAAUCCUUAAUUUUAGUGUUUUUUAUUUCAUGUACAGUGAUACUAAAAUGACGAAAAAAAUGGUUUCUCUAAAUGUUCUAAUAGGGAUAUUUUCCGCCACUAUACAUCUUAAAUAAGGAGAAAAGGAGGCCGGAAAUUAAUCCUUGAGAAUAUAAUUUUUCGAUACUCCGUGCGCAAAGUGCGUCUUUCCCGCACGCUCGGCAGAAAACGUGCGUUGAAAAUCGCACUUUCCACACGUCGUAUCAAAAACUACGGUACGGCACAUGUUCGGGACUCGCACUCGCUUCGCUCGGGCGUAAACGCCACACGAGACAAGAAUCUACUUUCCCGCACUUGUAUCGUAAUGUACUAUUUUUCAAUUCUAGACUCCAAAAAAGCGUAUUUCUUUCAUAGAUUUCAUGAUAUAUUAUUAUAUAAAUAACGGUAAGUCCUGUAAAGUGAAUUUCUCAUACCAGGGAGACUUGGAGUUUCUAUGUAUUUUUAUUAUAAGUUGUAAUAAGAUUAUAUAAACGUUAUAUAGAACUGUAAAAAAUGAUACUGUUUUGAUAUUUGAAUAACUGUGUGAGCUUAAUAUCAAUUCAACUUGGGGAACUUAUUCAUGUGUGGACGUGAAAUUUAAAAGUCGACUUAUAUGGAUACCUUUCUUCAAGAAGUUUUAUUGUGGAAAUGGAAACAAAAAAAGAAUUUCCAAAGUAGUGUAUCAAAAAAUAAAUAAAAUUUAAAAAUAGUUUUGUUAUAUUGUAAUAUUAUAUAAUAAUACAUAAAUAUUGUGCUUCUUCAUACCUUAUAAAGUAUGUCUAAGUCAUAUCUUAAUUAAAAAUUUGUACUCGUAUUGUUAUUAUAGUAAUAUUUUAAGAUAUUGUGACAUUUUAUAUAAAAGUACAGUAAAUUUAUUUUAUAAAGUUUUCGGAGCGGUACCACGAAUAUUUCACACGAAAAAUCAAAAAGAUGCUAGUCUUUAGUUAAUUAAACAGUUUUCAUACUAACGAAUCUUCUGUAUUUUAAAGUAAGAUAUAUCCGGUGACUCUUCAAUAGAUAAAUUGGUGACACUGAUCCAAACGUUACAAACGUACCUAAUCAAAUAUUACUACCAAUAAAUAUAUAAACUGGAAAAAUAAUUUUUCGUAUAACAAUAGGCAACACUCUUUCAGCAAAUUUUUCUACGCGUGAGGACCACUAGCUACAUACUGAACGAAUAAACCUAACUAUUGUUAUUUAUUAACUAUUGUAUUUAUUAAAGUACCUUUAAUAUUCCAAUCCUUUCAAAAUAUAGUAGGCUAAUAACAUAUAAUGAAAAGAUUUAAGUGAAUACUGCAUACAAUAAAAUUGGCUGAUCUACCUAAUUUGAAUUGACUUAAACAAAAGAAACUAACUCUUCAAUAAGAAUAUUAAGUCUAUAGCUGUCUGUAUCUACAAGAGAAAAUUAUAUGCAAUUGAUUGUGUGAAAAACCAAAACGAAAAACUAUUUGUAAUUGUAGUACAUGUUAAAUUAUUUUCCGAAUGUGAGAAUCGACAAAUAUUUUAAAAUAAUAAUACCUAGUACUUAUAUCUACCAUUUGUUGUAACAUAGAUUUCAUUAUUGCAAAAGUUAAAAACUGAAAAAAACAUAAAUAGUGUUUUACUGUCUUUCUCUUUUCCUUCGACUUUCGUAAGCGAGCACUAUAAGCUUUCUAUAAGAUUUUUGCACGAGUAGAUCCCUUUCCAAAUUUGGAUUGGAAUCGAAAAACAUUGCUGAUUGAAAUAUGGUACGACAAAGAUGAUUUCUUGAAUGACAAUUUAAUUGGAUUGACAUGAUUGUUUUUGCUCGAAAUAUAUUUUGUAUUUCAUAAUUCAUUCAAACCAAAAGAAAUAUUUUUUGCCUUGUUUUCGUAUGAAGCUAAAAUUCAUUUACGAAGGUAUCUAAAUUUCACUAACCGUUUUUAACAAAAAAAAAACUUUCCAUUGCAAGGCGUAUCGCCGUAAAAAAUAAUAUAUGUUUGUGGAAACUGGUUCAAAACUACUCAAAGAUUUAGUUUUCCAUUAAAUUAAUAAAUUAUCGAAUAUGUAUAUCGAUAUUUUAAAGAAUACAGUAUAACAAGGCUUACAAGAUAAUGUUGUACAAUAGGUAAACAAAGAUUUUUGUACAAUGAGCUGCAGCAAUGAUAAGAAAUAGUUAAGUAUUGAGCCGCUAUCGGACCCUUGUUAAUUUCCUGUCUAUUGUGGUAGUGAGAGAAUCUUGCCCCUCACGUCGAAACCGUCGCGCAAGCCCCGAGCAACUCGGGCGCACAUACCUAUAUUCCAAGCUGUAUUAUACAUUGUUUGUCGAAACAAUAAAAUGAAAGACGAAAAGUGAUUUAAAUACAUCAAUAAAGACAUUUUAAAUAAGAAACUUGCUACUGACAUCUUUUCAUUACCUUACCAUCAAUGUCUUAAUUAAUUGAUAUUUUCAAAGCCUAUUUCACUGUCAAUGUUAGAAUCGAUUAACACAUUGAAUAUCUGAUGCUUUAAUAACUAUCUAAAUAUAGUUUCAUUAUUAUAACUUUUGCUAUGU